CCAAGAAAUACAUUCCCGAGCACAAUUUCCAAAACAUUUUUUCUCUUAUUGACCUACUUAAGUCUUUUGAAACCUUGUUGUUUAAAGAUGAUGUGGAAUCUGAAGCACUGGAGGAGCUUUUUUCACAUUCAGAAGUAGGUCAAGAUAUACCAUUCCCACUCUUCCUUAAUUUUUUGCACUGCUUCAAGUUCUUAUAUGCUGCGCUCGGUGAAAAUGGACCCACUGAACAUUCUGAUUAUUGAUGAAGCUGCACAAUUAAAGGAGUGUGAGUCGACCAUUCCCCUGCAACUUCCGGGAUUAAGGCAUGCUAUUCUUGUUGGUGAUGAGCGCCAAUUACCAGCAAUGAUUACAAGCAAUAUUUCUGAGGAAGUUGGUUUUGGGAGAAGUUUAUUUGAGAGGUUGAGCUCAUUGGGUUGCACAAAGCAUCUUCUCAGUAUACAGUACCGAAUGCAUCCAUCUAUUAGUUUUUUCCCAAAUGCAAAUUUUUAUGACAACCAGAUUUUAGAUGCUCCAAAUGUUAGAGUAAAAAGCUAUGAAAAACAGUAUCUUCCAGGGCCGAUGUUUGGUCCCUAUUCUUUCAUUAGUGUAAUGGAUGGUAGGGAAGAGAAGGAUGAUUCUGAGCGUAGUUGGAGAAACAUGGUUGAGGUUUCUAUUGUGAUGAAAAUACUGAAGAAUUUACACAAAGCAUGGGUUGGCACUGGCUCCAAACAGAAUUACCACAUUGGUAUAAUAUCUCCGUAUGCUGCUCAAGUAGUAGCAAUUCAAGAAAGACUUGGAUGGAAGUUUAAUGCUCGUGAUGGAUUUACAGUAAAGGUCAAGUCAGUAGAUGGGUUCCAGGGUGGGGAAGAGGACCUAAUUAUAAUAUCGACUGUAAGGUCUAAUACUCAUGCAUCGAUUGGGUUCACAUCGAAUCUAAAGAGAACUAAUGUUGCUCUUACAAGGGCUAGGCACUGUCUAUGGAUAUUGGGAAAUGACAGAACACUAGUGAAUAGUGGAUCUGUUUGGAAAACCUUGGUCCUUGAUGCUAAGAAUCGUCAAUGUUUCUUUUACGCUGAUCAGGACAAGGAUUUAGCUAAAACAAUUUUAGACGUGAAGAAAGAAUUUGAACAGUUUGAUGAUUUGCUUAAUCCUAAUAGCAUACUUUUUAGAAAUGCUAUGUGGAAGGUUCUUUUUAGUGAUAACUUUUUGAAAUCAUUUCAAAAACUGAAGUCUGUCCGGAGAAAGAAGUCAGUUAUAACCCUUUUACUUAAAAUUUCCAGUGGCUGGAGACCCAAAAAGUUGAGCGUAGUUUGUGAAAGUUCUUCACAGAUCUUAAAGCAAUUUAAGGUUGAUGGUCUUUAUAUUGUUUGUGCAAAUGACAUAGUAAAGGAAUGGAGUGACAUUGAAAAGGAAUUGAGGUACUAUCAAGCUUUGAAGAUCUGGGAUAUAGUACCUAUAGAGGAUAUUCCAAAAUUAGUGAAACGUCUUGAUAGUAUGUUCGGAAAAUAUACAGAUGACUUUAUUAAUUGCUGCCAAGAGAAAUGUCUUGAGGGGGGUUUGGAAAUUCCAAAGAGUUGGUCAAUCUCUUUUGAUAUUGUCCGGAUUAAGAAACUUGAUAACCAUGAAAAUGGGAUUGAUCUAAGUGGUUGUGCUACUGAUGGUAGAAGUUAUGUUGAGAAUGCUAGAGUGAGUGAGAGUCUUAUGCUGAUGAAAUUCUACUCCUUAUCAUCAAGCGUAGUGCCCCACUUGCUUUCUAACCAUGAUGGUGGUGAAUUGGAUCUACCGUUUGAAGUAUCUGACCAAGAGCUAGAGAUAAUCCUUUUUCCUAGAAGUACAUUUGUACUAGGGCGGUCAGGUACUGGGAAAACUACUGUUUUGACUGUAAAGUUAUUUCAGAAAGAAAAACUGCACCAUAUGGCAAGGGAGUUAUUGUAUGAGGAAAAGGAGGUUGAGGAGACCACUACUGGGAUGAAGGAAAAUGUAUUGCACCAACUUUUUGUGACAGUGAGUCCUAAACUGUGUUAUGCUGUAAAACAAGAAGUUUCUCGUUUGAAAAGCUUUUCCUGUGGUGGUAAUUCUUCAAAAGGAAGUAGUUUAAUUGAUAUGGAUGAUUUUGACAACGCCUCUCAAUUCAAGGAUAUCCCAGAUUCUUUUGUUGAUGUUCCUCCCCUGUCAUAUCCUCUUGUCAUAACAUUUCACAAAUUUCUGAUAAUGCUUGAUGGAACUGUGGGUAAUUCAUACUUUGAAAGAUUCCAUGAAGCAAGGAAACAUUCUAAUGGUCCAAUAAGUGGUAGUUCAGUUUCCUUACAGAGCUUUAUAAGGAUGAAAGAAGUUAAUUAUGAAAGGUUUAGUACAGCAUACUGGCCCCGUUUCAAUACCCAGCUAACUAAGAAGCUCGGCUCUUCUAGAGUUUUCACAGAGAUUAUUUCCCAUAUAAAAGGUAGCCCGCAAGCUGCAGAGGCAGGUGAUGGUAAACUCAGUCAUGAGGACUAUGUUCUACUAUCAGAGGGCCGGGUUUCUUGUCUAUGUAGACGGGAGAGAAAGAUAAUAUAUGAGAUCUUUGAAAAUUAUGAAAAAAUGAAGAAACAAAAUGGUGAGUUUGAUUUUUCUGAUCUUGUAAUUGAUCUUCAUCGUCGAUUAAGAGUUGAAAGAUACAGUGGCGAUGAAAUGCAUUUUAUAUAUGUGGAUGAGGUGCAGGAUCUUACAUUAAGCCAAAUUGCUUUAUUUAAAUAUAUUUGUAAAAAUGUUGAAGAGGGUUUUGUUUUCUCUGGUGAUACUGCUCAGACGAUUGUGAAGGGAAUUGACUUUAGAUUCCAAGAUAUAAGAUCUCUGUUCUACAAUAAGUUUGUGUUGGAAUCAAAAAGCAAGUUUUUGGAAAGAAGGAAAAGAAAAGAGAAAGGAAUAAUCUCAGAGAUCUUCCCUUUGAGCCAAAACUUCCGUACUCAUGAUGGAGUUCUUAAGCUAUCACAGAGUGUGAUUGAACUAAUUUAUCAUUUCUUUCCCCUAUCCACUGAUAUUUUGCCGCCUGAGACUAGUCCUCUAUAUGGUGAAGCUCCUAUUCUGCUUGAAUCAGGAAACAACGAAAAUGCUAUCAUAACUAUUUUUGGCAAUAGUGGAAAAGGUAGAGGAAGUAUUGUUGGCUUCGGUGCAGAGCAGGUAAUAUUGGUACGAGAUGAUUUUGCUCGGAAGGAAAUUACCAAUCACGUUGGGAACCAAGCUCUUGUCCUAACUAUUGUGGAGUGCAAGGGCCUUGAAUUUCAGGAUGUAUUGCUGUACAACUUUUUUGGCUCAUCAUCUCUAAAAAAUGAAUGGAGGGUGAUAUAUAAAUAUAUGGACGAGCAAGAUUUGCUCGACCCAACUUUACCCAUCUCCUUCCCAAGUUUCAGUGAGGCUAAACACAAUGUGUUGUGCUCCGAAUUGAAGCAACUUUAUGUGGCUAUCACUCGUACCAGGCAGAGGUUGUGGAUUUCUGAGAAUUCAGAGGACCUCUGCAAACCAAUGUUUGACUAUUGGAAGAAAAAGUGUCUUGUCCAAGUCAAACAACUGGAUGAUUCACUUGCUCAGGAAAUGCAGGUUUCUAGCAGUCCAGAGGAGUGGAAGUCCCGGGGCAUUAAGUUGUAUUAUGAGCAUAACUUUCUAUCUGCAACCAUGUGCUUUGAAAGAGCUGGUGAUAUCAAUUGGGAAAGAAGGUCCAAGGCUGCUGGCCUUAGAGCAGAUGCUGACCAUAUGCACAGUUCAAAUCCUGAAGAGGCAAAUGUUAAACUAAGGCAAGCUGCUGAAAUAUUUGAAGAUAUAGGCAAAGCUGACUCUGCUGCCCAAUGUUUUUCUGAUUUGGGGGAGUUUGAAAGAGCAGGAAGGCUUUAUUUAGAAAAAUGUGGGGAGCCUGGACUUCAAAGGGCUGGGGAAUGCUUUUCUCUAGCAGGAUGCUAUGAACUGGCAGCUAAUGUGUAUGCUAGAGGCAACUUUUUCUCAGAAUGUUUGAAAAGACAUAAUAGUGUUGGAGGUGAAACAAUUUCUGCUCGAAAAAUUCUAGAUGCUCAUCUUCAGUCAAACUCUUCAAAGUAUGUGUGGCAGGAUUAUGUUGUUUUUGAUCUGACAAAGCAUUCAGAACAGAUGAUCUCCAGAGAUCAAAUUUCAGUAGAAACACUAGUUUACUUCUGGAAUUUUUGGAAAGAUAAGAUUGUGAACAUUGUCAAGUAUCUCAAAUGUCUUGACAUCCAAGAUGAUAUUGAAUAUAGAACUGCUCCUAGUUACUGGUGUUCAGAAUUACUUCGUGCUGGUAUGAAAGUUUUGGACAAUCUUCAAGCUCUUUACAAUUUCUCAUUGAAGAAUUCCCUCUCCAUGUUCUGCCAAAGCAGAUCUCUUACUUAUAUCUAUGAGGUUGCAAAGUUUCUUUCGGAAUCUGAAUAUCAGAACCAUGGUUACUGCAACUAUAAGACAUUGCAGAGAUUUGUUGAACUUUCUACCAAUUCUUUUUUUGGCUAUAUAUUUCCCCUAGAUUGGUGGAAAUCAUUGGCAGAGAACAUGUUUUCUCCGAGAGAAUCGGCGGUUUCAAGGAAUUUACUAGAACAGGUCAUAAUUGAAAACAUAAGCUUGAAGGGUAAGUUGACAUACGGGAAAAUUGGAAGAGUUGUAGUGAUAACUCUUGGAUUGGGUUCUCCGUGGCAGUACUCUAAAAUCCCAACAUCGUGCGUUCUUCUGAAGCUGAAAGAAGCUUUGGUGGAUACUUAUGAAGCAAACUGGAGAGAAGUUGACUAUAUUUCACCUGGUUGUUUCUUGUAUCUUAUUGAGCGCCUCCUAAUCUUGGCAUCUUACUUCCAGGGAUACUUUUUCACUCUGAAGUUUUCUUUUGCUGAAUGGUUUAUCUAUCAAGAUGCAGAUACCAACCCAAAUUCUACUGCUGGUAUUGGAUCAUGCCAUGUUAUCUUUGAGUUUAUUGUCAAUGUUGCUCAGCAGCUUCUUUUGUAUAAGAAAGAUACAAUGGAUUGGAUCAGAAAAUCUAAUAUAAACGUGAAGGACUACUAUCCACUGCUGGUAUUGAGAUUGGUUUCUAUAAUAUGUUUAGUUCAUCUGAAUGCUGGGGAAUUUUUGGAAUUUCCUUUUGCAUUGCUUGGUAGUAGCUUUAUUACUGAGCAACUUCCAUGGGAAUUUUGUGAUGUCAUUCGGAGAAAACAGAAACAUAUACAUGUGAAUGUGCUAGCUGAAGCAUUUAAAAAGAUUCACAAUCCUCUUGUAAUUGUGAGUUUGGGAGGAAAUUGUUCAAGGUUUCUAUGUCCAGAUGCCAUUUUUGUGGACAUGAGGGUAAAACAGUGCAGGGAGGACAUGUUCAAAGUCUUGUUUUCAGGGACAGUGAAAGCAUCACAAGGUCAAACUGAGACGGUUGAAGUGGAAGCAACUAACUCUGCCAAUGAAGUGCUUUCUUCGGACACUUAUGAUCAAGACAGUUGUAAGACUGCACCUUCAAACUUGGCUGUGGUGGCAGAUCAGGGGGACUUGAACAACAUAAAUGGAAGCAAGCUGCAAGUGAAUUACUUUCGGGAAAUAUUUGAAGAUUUGCAGUCGUUGGAGUGUGGUAAAGAUCCAAGGAGCUUUUUGUCAAAUGCCCAAAUAAUGAAGCUGGUGAAUGUGGAGAAAAGUAUUCACCUUGUAAGUACUGUUAAGAAUGAACACCUUCAGAAUACUAUUGACAAUGUUGAUGAAAACCUAUUGGAGGAAGUAGACAGCAUGGUUGAUGAACUGACGCAACUUUCUGCUGCACUGGAUGUGAGUGAACCGGAACUUGGAAACAAUAUGUCAACAAUUCGAGAACUUUGCAAGAGAUUGCUGUCAAGAAGGCCUAAUCUGGAACCUAUCUUAAGUAAGCUAUUCUUCCAACAGGGCACAAACCUUGUGGUUGAGACUUCUGGCAAUAUAUCAAAUGAGCAGCAGUGUGAUGUAAAGGACAGUGAUAGCAAAGCUAAGGAAAAUAGCAGUGCUGAUGUGGUCUCCAACAGCUAAAACAGCCGGGAAACAGAAAAUAAGGGGAAAGGUAACAAGUCCAAGAAAAACAAGAGGGGUAAAAAAAGUGGCAGUAAGAGAUAAAUAGAUGUA